AUGCGUUUCACCAGCAUCUGCAGCAACGUUCUGCUGGGUGCUGCUCUUGUUACAGCUGCGCCAGCGCAAUCUCGUGCCAUUGGAGACCCUAUCCCCGUGGACAUGAUUGGCAUGCUCAGCAAGUACAAUGACCAAAUCAAUUCUGCCCUCUCGAAACGAGAUGGAAACAAAUCCAAAAAGGUCUGCAAACAUUCUACCGUCACGACACGCAAAGAAUGGCGUUCGUUGUCCCAGAAUGAGCGUGCCGACUACAUCACUGCGGUGCAAUGUCUCAUUGGAAAGAGAUCACAGGCGAAUAGAAGGAAGGUUCCAGGUGCAAGGAACCGCCUCGAUGACUUUGUAGCCUCCCAUCUUGUUGAAGGUGACAAGAUCCACUUCAAUGGUCACCUGUUUGCCUGGCACCGUCACUUCGUAUGGUUGUACGAGCAGGCUCUGCGCAAGGAAUGCGGCUACAAGGGCGCCCAACCCUAUUGGGAUUGGACCCUUGACUCUGCCAACCUGCUUGCUUCUCCUCUUUUUGACGGGAGUCCCUAUUCGAUGGGAAGUAAUGGGGAGUACUUUGCCCACGGCUCCACCCAUUUGGAAGCUUUCGGCCUUAAAUUGGAUCUUCCUGCUGGCACCGGUGGCGGAUGUCUGAAGACCGGCCCCUUCAAAGACCUCAUCGUCAAUCUGGGUCUUAACCAGACCAUCAGUCCUCCUGCUGGAAACGUGACGGCCCCUAUCCCGAAGACUAUCGAUACCCCAUCAACAACGAACCCGGAACCUCUUACUGAGCUGGACAAAGUUAUCAAAAACGUCACCGAUAUCGUCGAAGAACCGUUCCAAUUAUUCGAGGAUGUAGAGAGCGUGGGGGUUAUCAAGUACAACGAAGCCCUCAACUACAACCCGCGCUGCCUGCGCCGCGAUCUCAAUCUCGAAUGGGCCAAGAUGCUCGAUGUCGCCAACCAGCAAUACCUCCUUACUUGCCCAAAUGUCGACUGCCUUGAGCGACGCAUCGAUGGCUUCGAAGUAAACGAUCCAAGCCAGCCAGCUGUUCAUCCGGCAGGGCACUUCGUCGUUGGUGGACUUCAGAAUGACCCCUUUGCCAGCCCUGGAGACCCCAUGUUCUAUCUUAUUCACGCCCAGAUCGACCGCCUCUACUCGAUCUGGCAAGCACAGGACCCUGCCAAUCGGCUCAAGCAGGUUGGAGGUACAAAGAAGCCCCUGGAUAUUGAUCACUCUGGCACACCUGUUUCCUUGGAAGACAAGCUUGCUUUCGGCAUUGUUGAUGGGAAGCGCAAGCUGAAGAAGCUUCUGUCUACUACCGAUAACUUCUACUGCUACCAUUACGCAUGAGCGGUUAUGAUUGUCUAAGUCUAGGCAGAGUUUGAGCGGUUUCCAGUUCUAGAUCUUUUCGCAUUUCUGCGUUCAUUUCUUUCUGUUGUCAUUUUCGAUUUGUCUCGUUUUGGUCAUUUUUCAUCGUCUUCGAUUCAUGUUGUCCGGUUAUUUGACCUCUUCAAUUGCACGCAUAGUCAAAUACUCAAUUUCAACCCUGUCUCAUCUUAAGAAUACCUACCCGCUGAUUCAUUAUCGUUGCUUCGGUGCCCAGUUUCUCUACACUGAAAAGAACAGAUCAAGCUUAAGUACUGCAUGAGAGGCAUCCUGCAGAUGAAUGUGGAUAAAAUUCUAAGCAUUGAAAAGGCUGGCCUGGCACGCCAAAUAAGCCAAACAAGUGCCAGUCUGGGGCGCAUGUAUUCUGAGGGAUGCGAGCCAAGCAUAGCUGCGUUAUGUUUCGG